AAAAAAAAAAAAAAAAAAAGGGAGCAGACUCCAUCUAUUAAAGAUGGAAUGAAGUUUGUAAUCAGGGACCUUAAAAGAAGUUUUUAAUAUAGCAUGUACACAAUAUAACAUAUACACUUUGUAUAAUUCUAAGCACAUAAAUUUAUACAUUUAAUUCUCAAAACCACCCUAUGUACUAAUAAUAAUAUUCCCAUUUUACAGGUGAAAAAACUGAGGCACUGAAAGAUUGAGUUUUCACAGGUAGGAAGUAGCAGAGUUAGGACUUGAAUGAGGCAGUUUUGAUGCUAGAAUCCAUGUCCUUAACCACAAUGCCUGAAGCAUAAUUCUGACCUUGGCAAUCAAGACAAAAGGUGAUCACCCAGGUUUCACUGUAUGAAGAAUGAGUUGUCUUGUGGAGACAGUUUUUGACCCUAAAUUCAGGGAGAAGGCUGUUAGGCGUGUGGGGGAUGGGAGUUCUUUGUUCUGUGAUGCAGUGAUGACAUCGAGAUAAACUGCCACUAGGCCAAGAAAAAUGGACUGGCUGCUAGAGGGUCUGCUUGGGACUGAAGGGGACAAGGGGCUUCUCUGGGGCCAGCUGACCCAUGCCCUCGCCUGCAGACACUGUGGCAGCAGCUGCCUCCAGAGCACAGGGAAUAUAAUGAUACUAUUCCUAUUCAUGGUUUGGCAGAUCCGGAGGUGGAGGCAGCUUGGGAGCUGGCGACAUCUUCAGCCCUGGUACUCUGGGGACAUGAUGCAAGUCAAGGGCCUACCACUUCUGUACCAUGUGGCUUUCCUUGGUCAUCUAUGGAGGCAGAAGUCAGAGGAGGAAGAAGAAAAGGAAGAAGAGGAAGAGGCGGUGGUAUCUCUGGAUCCACUGAAGCCAUGUUCUCUUCCCAAAGAAGUUCCUAUUAGAGAGCAAGCCACCACAGGCCCAUCCCAACCAUCCUGUGAUUCUGAGAACUUCCACAAGGCCAUAGGGACCCCAGAGCUAGUACUCAUGCAGACCCCAAGCCCUUCCAGGUCAUUCCCCACCUUUCAGAUUCUGACCAACCUGCCUGUGAGGGACAAGACAGCAUCAGAGGGGAGUCUACAGAAGAAAAAAAGCCAGCUCUUCUGGGGACUCCCUUCUCUGCACAGUGAGUCCUUGGAGGCCACCAGCCUGAGCUCAGGUGGUCCCUCUCCCCUGAAGUUACCUGUUGGUCCUUCUGUCUGCUUCAACAAGCUUUCCUUCCUCCAUAGGUCCAACCUGCUAUUUACCCAGUAUUGCUCCCCAACCCAGUUUCCUACACAUAAAGUCCAUACUACAAAAGAUCUGAAAGAGAUGGUCCCUGAUCCUCAGCAUCGUUCCCCUCCGUCUUCCCCUUCUGUCCCAUCACUACCCCUCCAUCUGAAACCCUUUCCCAUAGACCACAAAGGAGUCCAUUCUGGUGUUCAGGCACAUACACAGUGGCUUCUGUGGCAGAGAGUGGCCUCUCGGGUCUCUGAGGAUCAAGACCUGCACCCACAACCUGAGUGUCAAAGAACCAGACCCUCCAAGUUUUUCCCCUCAUCUGAGGUCUGGGAUCUUGGCCUCCCACAACACAUUCCAGAUUCUCUCUCUGCUUCUCUGCUGUAUCCCUCUAACCUUCUGGGGGUCCUGACUAGGUUUGAGGCCCCAUGGAGGACCCUGGUGCAAAAUGAGGACCCCAAAGCCUCUGAGCCAGCAAUGCUAGUUUCCAGCCCAACCCCAGCCUCUCUACCAGAACUCCAGGGAGUCAGCCCUAUAGGAAGCCUGUAUGGAUCUGAGGACCUCUGGGAAACCACAAAGCAAAGAGAGGAUCCUCAGAUCUCUGAGACCCCAAUCCUGCUCUCUUGCCAAUCUGUAGCUCCCAUAACAGAGCCUCAAGGAACUAGACCCCUGGGAAUUCCACCUGGAUGUGAAACUCAGUGGAGAACCACAGGACAUAAAGAGAGCCCUCAAGCCUCUAAGCCCCCAGUGCUAACCCCUUACCAACCCCCAGAUUCUCUGUCAGAACUCCAGCAAGUCAGCUCUGAAGGAGGGCCUACUACACCUAAGGACUUCUGGGGAACCACGGAGCACAGAGAGAAGCCUCAGGCCUCUGGGUCUUCAAUGCCAGCCCCCUGCCCUCCCUCAGCCCCCCUGCAAGAACUCCAGAAAGGCAGUCCCCUGGGAGAUUCAUCUGCAUACAAGCCUCACUGGGAAUGCAGAGAAAAUUCAGAAAACCCACAGACCUUUGAGCCCCCAGCCUUGGACCCCAACCCAGGGUUCUAUGGAACUAGCGCUGCAUGUGUUCCAUCAGGAUCUGAGACUCUAUGGAAAGGCAUGCAAAAGAGAGAACAUCUUUGGGUCUCUGCAGACUCAGUUUCAUCUCCCAGUCUUCCCUCAGCCUAUCUACUGGAGUCUCUAAGAAUAGACCCCCAGGGAGUCCUGUCUAAGUCCAAGCCUUUGUGGGAGACCAUGGGGCAGAUAGAGAACCUCUGGACCUCUGAGUCUACAGCCCCUUCAUGGGGGGACAUGAAGAAGAAAGAAAUCUGUUGUGCUCCUCCUGUGUUCCCAUUCUGGGACUCCAGCUCACAUCCAAACUCUAUGGCAAAGUCUCACUUAAGUGAACCUAUAGGAGACCAAGACAACUGUAAGCCUGAGGGGGAAGCAGUGGAACAAAGAGAGAACAGCUGGGCCACUGAGCAACAAGCCCCACCUCCCAAGACAUUGUCUAUUCCUCUACCCGAUCCACACAUUGACCCUGAGUUUGUGUGGAGGAAUAUGCAGCAAAGAGACAUCCCCCAGGGCCCCAGCCCUCCAGCAGUGGAUCCCGUGCAGCCAAUACCCUGGCAUCCAACCAUAGCUGAAGCUCUGAAUACUGAGCCCAACCAGCCUGACCUACCCAAGCAAGAGCUGUUCCCAGGAGCUAAGGCAGAGAUCCCACCCUCCCAGGGAGAGGGUGUCCCAGAGGUGUCCACACACAUUGGGAUCCAGGCCUGGCACUGGAAUAGAGAAUUAGAACUCAGGCUGAAGAAACUACAGCUGAGCCCUGCUUCCAGAUCCCCUGGCCCAAGUCAAUCAUUUGGCAGCUUCCCUGGCCUGAGUUCCACAACUACAGGCACUUGGAGACUCUCUUCCUGCCCUUCACAGCAGACUUAUCCCCUCAAUCUGUGCCCCCACUCUUCAAGCUCUUAUCCUCCACAAGUCGAGUGCCCAGUAACUCUGCCUGUCCAGGUCUCCCACUGUUACCACUCCCACUCCCCUUCCCAUCCUCAACCACAAGGGUCCGGUAGGGCAGAACAAAGGUUUCAGAGAAAGGAAAGAAUGAAGGCAAAGAUGGUGGCUCAGGUGGCCCAGGGCUCACCUCAAGGACCAUGUGUUCACAUGGAGGAUGACGAGAACUGCUCAGGCUUGAGAGAUCCCUUAAUCCCUGAGGUUUCGGUCUCAGGUAACAGACAGGACAAGGCUUCAGUCCUAUCUUCAGCCAAAAAGAACCCCAGGAAACCCAAAGUAGACCAGAGAGGAGGGGAUGCAAGACUGGGGUCAUCCACAGUUACAAGAAAGAGCUACCCAGCCCAGGCCAGAAGACUAGUGGAAGCCCCUGUAAGCCCACUUUUCCAAAGAUCUCAGCACAGGAACCAGAGCUCUCUACACACUGCUCUCCCCCAGCAGCUUCACUCCAAGGCUACAGGUCCCCAAGAUAAGCGAGAAGCAGGGCUGAGAGCUGGUGAUAUUUUGAUCCCUCGGCACUGUAAGCACUGCCCUUGGGCCCACAUGGAGAACUAUCUCUCUCCCCCCACACCUAAGGCUCCCCUUACCAGGGGUCUCCAAAGGGUGUUAGCCAAGUUACUGGGCACCCAUGGACCACUGCCCACCAAAUCGUCAGCAUAAGGAAAAAGCUGGUAGUUCUGGCACCUGAGGGCUGGGGAGACAAGCAGAGGAAAUCCUAAUAAACUAGCUGAAUUAGACAAAUCCCACUCAUGAUUUCUUUGGAGUCCGGGGUACUGGGUCUGUUCCCUAUUAACUUCUGCAGCAGCUAUAUUCCUUCACAAGGAUUCUGCAGCUUAACUUUCUUUUCAAGCCCUUCACAGAUGAUCAAUCUGGGGGGUCCACACAUCCCUACUCUACAGGGUGAGGCUGAAAAGCUAGGGGAGCACAGUCUAGUGCUGCCCUUGAGAAAAACUUCAUAGCAAGUGAACAGAAGAAAAAUACAUCUAUUCACAUGAGCACAAUUGGUCUGGGUCUAAGCAAACCCAGGGUAUGCCUGGGUAUGAUCCCCUUCUUUACACACUUAACCCACAAGUUCUCCACGUGUCUUGCUGACCAUUUCUUCUCAGCCCUCUGCUCUUUUUUUUCCCUGGGUCAGCUCAAUAACCACUCAUUCUCAAGGCUACCAAAGCAAGUGCCUCUCAUGUUUAGUGGCCAUUUGGGUUUCUUCUAGAAUUGCCUGUACAUAUUCUUUACCCAUUUUUCUCCUGCACUAUUUGUUGGAUAUUGUAUUAGUUUUCUACUGCUGCCAUAACAAAUUACCACAAGACGACACAAAUUUACUUUGUUAGAAAAACAAAAUCAAGAGAUUGACAGGGUUGCAUUCUUUUCUGUAAGCACAAGGUAGGAUUCAUUCCUUCUUUCUUGGCUUCUAGAGGGUGCCCACAUUCCUUGGCCCUCUUUCUCCAUCUUCAAAGCUAGCAAAGGCAAGUUCUCACAUCACUCUGCUCUCUAUUGCUUCCCUUUUCCACUUUUAAGGACACUUAUAAAUACAGUGGGCCCACCUGGAUAACCCAAAAUACUAUUCCUAUCAAGUCAGUUGGUUAGCAACCUUAAUUCCAUUUACAGCCUUAAAUUCCCUUUUCCACAUAAAAUCACACACAGGCUCCAUGCAUUAGGACAUGAACAUCUUAGGGGAGCCAUUAUCCUGCCUACCACAGAUGUUGACCUAUUAUGCAUGUCGGAGGUAUUUUCUCCUGUGGCUUAUUUUCUAAUUUUGUUUAAGGUGAUUUUUACUGUACCAAAGUUUAAAAUUUUUAUAUAAUCAAAUCUACCAACACUUUCCUUCAGUGGCUUCUAAAACAUUCUUUUCUGACACUUUCAAUUUUAUAUAUUGUUUAGAUUAUUAACCUAAUUUUUGUGUAUGGUAGGUAAAAAUCUAACUCUACCAUAAAAUAGAUGUCCAAUUUUACCAGUACCAUUAA